AUGGAAUAUUUACCCUACCAUGUACAAUUUAAAAUACUUGAACAACUCAAUUUUUCUGAUUUAUUAUCACUUAAAAAGACUUGCAAUUAUUUUAAUUAUUUAAUUGAACAAAACAAAAAGAAAUUGGCCAAAAAAGAAUUUAAGAAUAUUAAUAUUAUUGAACUCAAAAAGGAAAAGGAAACAAAUUACAAAAAUAUAGAUAUUAAUUAUGGAUUUGUUGAUUUUUCGUUAAGUGGAGAAUUGAUGAAGAAGGUAAAUUAUAAAUGGGGAGUUUUUGGGACUUGA